AGUACAAGGCAAAGCUCUUACUUUCAGUCCGACGCUGUAUCUCUCUCGGAAGUGAAAAAGUAGCCGUUGCAAAACAUGAUGAUCUUUAACCGCUCCCAACUAUCUCUCAAUCCCUACAAAACCCUGAUGUUUUUAGCUGUGACCCUAAACCCCAUAUUCCAAAUCACAUCUCAUAAUUAUUCAUCUUCUAAAAAUUCCCAAAACAAAAUAUCAAAAAUUAAACCCCUCAUUUAUUCACCAGCUCAAGUACAAAAACUCAUGGCAUCUGAAUCGGAUCCUCUUCUCGCUAAAAAUAUCUUCGAUUUAGCUUCUCGUCAACCUAAUUUCUGCCAUUCAUACUCUUCAUUUCGUACCUUAAUUUGUAAACUUGGCGGUUCCCGCCAUUUCUCUCUUAUGCAAAAUCUCAUCAAGCGACUCAAAUCCGAUCGUUACCCUGUAACCCCUGAUUUUUUCGGAGAUAUUAUUCAAAUUUACGGUGAUGCAAAAUUACCGGGUCAAGCCCUAAAAACAUUCUAUACAAUGCUUGAAUCUGAUUGUAAACCGCGUCCAGAACACUUUAAUCAACUUCUUCAAGUUCUUGUUGCCCAUCAAAAUUAUCUUCGAACUGCAUUAGAUCUAUUUAGGACUGUUGAUCGAUUUGGUAUGUCUUUAAAUACAAAAUCUUACAGUAUUUUAAUGCGUGCCUUUUGUUUUAAUGGUGAUAUAAGUAUUGCGUAUAACUUGUUCAAUGAAAUGUUUAAGAGAGAUGUUCUUCCGGAUGCCGAGUCUUAUCGAAUUGUGAUGCAAGGGUUGUGUAGGAAAGGUCAAGUGAACAAAGCAGUCGACUUAUUAGAAGAUAUGUUGAAUAAAGGGUUUGUGCCGGAUGCGUUAAGUUAUACGUCUUUGUUGAAUAGUUUGUGCAGGAAGAAGAAGUUGAAAGAAGCUUAUAAACUUCUCUGUAGGAUGAAAGUGAAAGGCUGUAAUCCCGAUAUUGUUCAUUAUAAUACUAUAAUAUUAGGGUUUUGUAGAGAAAAGAAAGCAGUUGAUGCUUGUAAAAUUUUUGAUGAUAUGGAAUCUAGUGGGUGUGUACCUAAUUUGGUUUCGUAUAGGACGUUGGUUAAUGGGUUAUGUAAUCAUGGGAUGCAUGAUGAAGCAACGAAUUUUAUGUAUGAAAUGAUUUCAAAAGGUUUUUCUCCGCAUGUUUCUGUUUUUAACUCUUUGAUCAAGGGUUUCUGCAAUGUGGGUAAGAUAGAGGAAGCUUGUCAAGUGCUUCAGGAAAUGCUCAUACACAGGGAAGCUCCACACAGGGAGAUUUGGGCUGCAAUUGUGCCGAGGGUUUGCAACAAUGAUGAGAUGAUGAGAACAGAGGAUACUUUAAGGAGGAUUCUUAAGGAAGAGGUAACACAUGACACUCAUGUAAUAGAUGUACGACAUGGACAAGAGGAGUACUUGAUUAGGAGAAUACAAGCGAAAGCAUGGAAGAUUUAAUUAUUUCUGGGGGUUUCAAUUUGAAAUUUCAGGUGUUUAUAUGCCAAGUAACAUGCAUUAUAACUUUAUUCCUGCACACAAAUUGCGGGCUUAUCAUGGUGAUUGGUGUUUUCAUGAGUGUUGCUGGAAUUCAGUUCAUGAUGAUGUUCUUGAAACUCAGAAACAGUUAUUAAGAACUUACAAUCCUUGUUAGACAUUUGAUUUAAGAUCUUUAGGGGCUAUUACUUGUUUAUGAGAACGGGGUAGCUGAAUCUUGUUUUUCCUGCAAGUAUUUUCUUUCUUUUUUUGUGCCUUUGCGGUGUCCAACUGAAAAAUGUAUUUAUAAACAGUUAACCGGAAUUCUACACUUCAUAGAGGAAAACUAAGUGAUGGAUAAAAAAACUAUCGCGCUGCCUUCUUGUCAGAGGUGAUAAAGAAUGUUGGUUAAUGUAUGUAUGUAUAUUGUGAGCUUCUUCA